CACGCGCGUUGACAAAAUCUUUAGGUCUUCGUUUGUUGCUAAAGCAUGGGGCAGAGUGGCAGUAGAGAACUAGCAGAAGCGUUUGAACGUGCUACGAGUCAACUGUCGGAUUUGCAAUUGUCUGAGAUUACUUCACGAUUUAAUGAGAUUUACUCACAAGAUGGCUGUAGGGCAGGUCAUCUGCUUAACAGGGAGAACUUCUCUAAUCAUUUCCAACUGCCGGUUGUGUUGGGAGAUCGACUAUUUACAGCAUUUGACGUUAACAAAAGUGGAACAGUAUCUUUUGAAGAGUUUGUUUGCGGCCUGGCUGUCUGUUUACAUGGCACAGUAAUAGACAAAGCUGCUCUACUUUUCAAGGCCUUUAAUUUGAAUGAAGAUGAAGGAGUGAGCCAACAGGAAAUGGCCACAAUGUUGUAUGGAUCAUUAAAGUCAGCAAAAACAAUAAUGCAGUGCACAGCAGAAGGUCAAAGUGCACUUCUUCAGGGUCAGAAUGAACAAGAAAUUGUUCAAAAAAUUGUUGCAGAUGCAUUCAAGAACUGUGACAUCACAAGGACAGGAAAACUGUUACCAAUUGAGUUUGAAUAUUGGUUAAAACGAAACCCUCAGUUUAUGGACAAUAUUUUUGGUGCAAUAUUUCCCUCCACAAAUCAAUCAGCCUGUCAGAGCUCUCUAACAAUGCCAGACAGUGUCAGAGAGGCUGUGCCUUUAGACAUGGAUGAGCAGCUUCUUGUUAAGAAAGUUGACGUCACUACCAGUCUUCUUCGCUCAGAACCAAGUUUAGAGGAUAUUGUUGAUGAUUGUAACCGUGAGGAUGGUAUCACUGAGGACGAUGGUAUUGUAAAUGAGACAGUAAAAGAUAGCAUUUCAAAGGACUCUAAGACUUCACCAUCUCCUAAGCCUUCUCCAGUUUUAAGUAGAAGUUUAUCUUUAAAAUCAUCGUUAGAAAUAGUAGAUGACCACUAUGCUGAUCAUUCUUCGUGCAAAACAGAACAGGUAGUAGUUUUUACACAUGAGAUGGUUGAACAAAUGGAGCUGGUUGUUGAACCCAAUGAAAAAGACAGGAUGGAGGAGGUAUUUUCUGGUGUCAUUGAGAACAUUGAUAGUCCACUCUCUUCUCUAGCACACAAAGUUUGCUCUUUUACAUCUAAGAUAAGCAAACAGGAUGAAAUCAAGACUGCAGAAUCAACCACUUCUUCACUGUUCAGUCCAACCACAUCUUUGACCAGUGUACCACCAACUCCAGACCUGGAACCCGAAAGAAUGCACAUAGCGUGGUUACCAUCUGAACACACUCGUCAGUUGCUAAAUGCAAGAAAAACAGGAGUCAUUUUAGAUCAUCAGGUUCUAACUUUGCCAGGAUUGAGCAUUGAAGGUCCAUUGCCUGAUCCAGUUACAGAACUUCUUAAACGCUAUGGACUUGACCAAGAUGUGAGAAAGCCAAUGAUGACAGCAGACAGUGUAGUUCCUGAUCCAAGAGGUUUUCGCACUUUAGUGACUAAUGGCUGUUUCAGAUCAGCUCUUGACUUGGCAGGAAAAUUCCUUUCUGCUAAUGGACAGGGGCUUGGGAGUAGAGGCCAACCAGGAGCUUUGCAUACACACAAGACUUUACAGGUGUGGAUGUGUCGUAUAGCUCUGCUAGUCAAGCUGCAUCUAUAUAGUGUUGCUCAGACAGAGUUGGACUCAUUUGGAGAUUUUGAUCGGCCUGAUCUGUACUUUGAUUUUCAUGCUGACAUCUAUCCUGAACACCAGGGAGGAAGUCUGGUUCCAUUUUCACUUCGACUACUUUAUGCUGAACUACCACAAUAUUUGGGAAGCUAUAAUGAGUCUCUUGAUAAACUUUAUAAACUUCUACAUGUUUCUCAGAUGAUUGAAUCAAACCUUGCGUCUGGUCUUGCUGAAGAUGGUAGUCGCAUUCAGAUGUCACAUGAAGAACAGAGAGGUGAAUCACUGAAAUUAUGGAAGGCACGUUCUGUUCAAGUUAUGUAUGCUAUCGGAAACUGCCUGGUGGGAUUGAAGGACUACCACUUGGCAGUAUCUGUGUUUGAGUCUUUGUUGGAAAUGGAUCCUGACCACAAACUUGAUCUUCUCAAUGGCAUUGGACGAGUGCAUUUGCAGCUAGGAAACAUUGCAGCUGCUUGUUCCACAUUUCGUGAGGUAGAGGCAACAUGUGGCCAAGAAAAUGAAGCUAUGGUCAAGAUGAAUUUGGGCAUGGUUCAAGUUGCCUUGGCAAAGUACAAAGAAGGCCAACAAUUCUUCCAGGAAGUAUUGCUACUUCAACCUGAAAAUGCAGUUGCUGUUAACAACCUUGCUGCAUGCUUGGUAUAUCAAGGAAGAGUAAAAGAGGCAGUUACUGUUUUGGAAGAGCUGGUGUGGCGUAACCCAGCAAAGAGUCUUCAAGAAUCGGUGCUCUUUAAUUUGUGCACUGCUUAUGAGCUGGAUUCAUCACAAUCAUUUGAGAAGAAGAAGAGCAUGCUUAGUCUGGCAGCAAGUCAUCGAGGAGACAAUUUUAACACUGACUGCUUGAAAAUUGGAUUGUGAGCACACUUGGUUUGCUUUAAUGCAAAUUUGGGUCAGUGAUGGUGAGUGUGGACAUCAAUCACUUUGUUUGCUUGCAUAGAAAUUUCUUAUUAGUAAAUGAAUUGUUCUGUAAUCUUUGUUUGGUUUUGUUCUAAGUUGUACACAUUUUAUGAAAUAAGAAUACAUGUCAUUAUGUAAGU